AUGCUGUCUUCCUUAAAUCAUAGAUAUUGCAGAAGUUCACAAUCAAUCAUGAGCAUUAUACCAAGCAAAUCCUACCAGUCAAGCGUUUCCUCUAUUUCCAACAGCCAUGCCGCGUCAAAUGCCGCUCCAGCCCUCCCAGAUGCCUUGAGGCACCAGGAUGGCGGAUCUGCGCCGCUGAGCUCACAAUUGAAUGGCAAACACCCCCUAGAAAAAUCCAUCCAGAACUGGGAUCAGACACAGCGUGAAAGAAAUAUGCAGCAAUACAAACAGGUUUUUGGUGUCGCAGAGCCUUUGAGACGUGAAAUGGAGCUCCAAAUCGUCCAAAACUCGGAUUUCAAUCCGCUAUCGUCACUCACGAACGGUAGUUCGAUUCACCGUGACAUUCUACUCAACAAAGAGGCGUCUGUGGACUGGGAGGACAUCUAUCCCGGUACAGGGCUUACAGGAGGCGUGAAUUUAGGUGCCGACGUCCACGGUUCCAUCGAAAAACAGCUUGGACUCUAA